AUGAAAAAAAAGUUUUACGGAACAGGGGUUGCGCUUUCCACCCCUUUUAAUGAUUCAAAUAAUAUUGACCACACUGCGAUAAAAACAUUGGUAGAAAAUCAAAUAAAAAACGAUGUUGAUUAUCUCGUGGUGCUUGGUAGUACGGGCGAAGCAGUAACCCUUACUGAAAAAGAAAAACAAGCCGCUAAGCAAACUGUUUUAAAAACCAAUAAUGGUCGUGUUCCCUUAGUUUUAGGGUUGGCGAACAAUGACACUUCGGCUCUUUUAAGAGGGGUGACAAAUACCGAUUUAGAUGGUUUUGAUGCCGUGCUUUCUGUAGCACCUUGGUAUAAUAAACCUACACAAAAAGGACUUUACGAGCAUUUUAUUUCACUUUCUAAG